AGGGCGUAGUAUUCAAAUGCCUAGCUUGUGGGUGGAGUUGAGGUGUGCUAAGGUACAUAAAUAGGUGUUAUGAGACUGUGCAGUUCACAUUGAAACUUGGAAAACUUGCCCAGCUCCUCAGACGAGUGGGAAGGUAAACAAGCACUAGCCAUGGAGAAGACGGGUAUAUCUGUGUUCCUGCUGCUUGUUGCUGUCUCUUAUACCCUGGCUAAAGACUUCACAGCUAAGAACGGUGCCAAAAGGGAUACAAAAGAAGUACCUGAGACCAAACCAAAACUGCCUCAAACUCUCUCCAGAGGGUGGGGUGAUAAUCUUAUCUGGACGCAGACUUAUGAAGAAGCCUUGUUCAGAGCCAAGACGGGCAACAAGCCACUGAUGAUUAUCCACCAUUUAGAGGACUGCCCACACAGUCAAGCUCUGAAGAAAGUAUUUGCUGAACACAAAGAAAUACAGAAAUUGGCCGAAAAGUUUGUUCUACUGAAUCUUGUUUAUGAAACAACUGACAAACAUCUUUCACCUGAUGGCCAAUAUGUCCCUAGAAUUAUGUUCAUAGAUCCUUCCCUGACAGUUAGAGCAGAUAUUACUGGAAGAUACUCAAACCGUCUCUAUGCAUAUGAACCUUCAGAUAUUUCAUUGUUGUAUUCAAAUAUGCAGAAAGCUCUGAAAUUGCUGAAGACUGAAUUAUAAGGGAGGAAAAACCCACGUGUAGCCAAGAUAUCUGAUCUUCCCUCUCCGCUCAUGGGCAUUAGUGAAGACUUUAGGUUGAUUUUAGAAAUGAAUAGUACUGUUUUAUGUGCAUAACUAACUGUAUGGUUUUAUGUUAACACUUUUGUACGGGGUGGGAUUUUAAGUACUUCUUGCUUUUUAAAAAAAGCAUACAGGAGAACACUGUAUAUUUCAACUGUAAACCAUAUUUUAAAAAAUAAACAUGCAUUAAGGUGUCUACAA